AUGACGAACUUUGACGUUGCUGGAAAAAUUGCCCUUGUGACUGGGGGGACCCGUGGUUUGGGCCUUCAUGUUGCAGAGAGCUUUGUUCUCAACGAUGCUUCCGUAGUCAUUAUUACUUCUCGUAAGCCAGACGCUUGUGCCAGUGCCAAACUGGAGUUGGAAAAGAUUGCAAAAUCCAAUGGUAAAGCAUGUAAGAUUAUCUCAAUUGCUUGCGACAUCUCUAAGGAUGCCGACCUCAAGAGUUUCGUUGGUAAAGUUACCGCUGAGGUUGAUCGGUUGGAUAUUCUUAUCGCAAAUGCCGGUGCCACAUACGGUGAAAAAUUCGAUACUCAUCCGAUCGAAGCAGUCAGAAAAGUACUUGAGCUCAACAUCACGGGUGUGUUCCACACCAUACAACUCUUUGCGCCUCUUUUGCAAAAGGCUGGAACAAGCGAGGACCCUUCUCGUGUGGUCAUUGUGUCGUCCGUGGCUUCGUUGAUUGCAACUGAUUUUGGAGGCACUUAUGGUUAUCUUGCUUCCAAAGCUGGAGUGGCCCAUUUGGGAAAGAACUUGGCAUUGACUUUGGCUAGUAAACACAUAAAUGUCAACACAAUUGCACCUGGUUUUUUUGAGACGAAAAUGACCAAGGGAAUGAUGAAGACUAAAGGUGAUGAAAUGGUUCGAGGAAAUCCUUUGGGUCGUCUUGGCUCAAAGCAAGAUAUCCAGUCUGCUGUGUUGUGGUUGUGUGCGAAACAGUCCAACUAUAUCAACGGAAUUGUGCUUCCAAUCGAUGGUGGAUUGAACUUGGUUGGAACCGCAAACUUGUAG